AUGGCUACCGACAAGUUCGAGAUCACGCUGCAUGGUGAGGCGAGUCUCUCCCUCCCAGCAGAGCGAGCUAUCCUGCGCAUCGACGUUUGCACCACCGACGUCAACAAGCAGACCUCGUUCGAUGCAGUGCUUUCGACGGCCAAGAAUGUCGAAGCACUGCUUCGCAAGCUCUCUCCAAAGAGCAUCUCUGAUGAGUCGAAGCUCCAAGCCGCAGUUGAUCACUGGAGUCGCACGUCCUUGAGUGAGACUAGCCAGAUGCCGUACGGCAAGAGCCGCCCACCACGCCAAUACACUGCAUCUGUCACUUUCGAAGCUCGCUUCCAACGCUUCCAGGCGAUUUCUGGUCUCAUCAAAGAACUCGGUGCCAUCUCUCACGUCAAGACCAAGCCACUGGAGUGGGUCCUUCUGCAGAAGACGAAGGACGAGAAUCGCUCAGCCCUGAGAAAGCUGAUCCCGAUCCAUCUCAGCGAGGGUUACACCAACGCCAGAUCAACCCAUUCGAAGGCUCCCAGAAUCGACUUCGACGACGACGACCAGGACGACGAGGACGACAACAGCGACCAGAACAUGGUGGGCGUAGAGACGGAGGCAUGGGAGGAGGUUGGUGGCGAUGUGUUUCGGUAUCAGCCAGAGAACGUGAACAUGAGCACUUCGGUCAAUGCGUCGUUUUAUGCUUUGUGA